AAUAGUACGAGGACAAUGUGUACAAAACGGAGAUAAACAGACGGCCUCGGCCAGCUGAUCCUCCCUGUCACCCCAGGUUAUUUUUGGAUGCUGGUGAUAUUGCACUAGCAUGCAACAGCUGUGAAGAAAUAGCACGGUGUGCUUUAGUAAACAUUUUAGUAGACGGAAAUGAUAUGAUUUUAUCACAAGCAAUUCUGUAAAUAGUGUGAGAGUCAGAGGGCUGAUGGUGAUGAUGGCUGCAGUACGUCCACUUCUAGCCGAUGGCUGUGGCACAGCUUACGUGACAAGAGCCCUUGCGUCAACAUUUAAUCCAGCUGUCAGUCCCAGCAUGAUUCUCUUCCACUCUAGUAGUGGAGGGACUAGAGAAGGUCAUGUGACGUGUCGUCAUUUGUGUAGUUCGUCAAAGCCACCAGAAUUGCAGAGUGGAAGCUGCGCAGCUAAUGAUAAAGACAAACAUAAAGAGUCAGAAUCAACAGACAAUCCUGUUAUUACCAAUGCCGACAGACUUCUCACUCGUAUCCGGGAGAAGAAACCUCAAAUUUACUCACUCAGACAGCAACUGUCAGAAAAAUCUUCAUCGAUGAUUAAUAACAUGAGGCAGACCAGCAUGUCUAAAUUCACUGGAGGAGCCGACACCAAAAAACCUGAAGACUGGAAUGAUAUAUUAAAUCGUUGGUAUCAGCAGUAUCAAGAUUUCAUUGGUAUUACCGAUUUAAAAAAUGCACAGGACAGAGUUACUGAGCUGUCUGAGGUAUUGCAUGAGGUGCAGAGCAAACGCCGGGAGCUGCAAGCAGAAAUUGAGGACAUCCAAGAUAAACUCGUUGUCAACCAUGAACGUAUCACAAAGACUGAGCAGUAUUCCCAGGAGCAUUUUACUUUAUUUGACCAGGCCCGUGAAAUGAAUGCCCGGCUGAAAACUUUGCGAACAGAGUUUGUUGUGUGUGAAAGGCACGAGAGGGACACCUUCACUCAAAUGUCUGCCGCUAUACGUGACUGUCACGAGCGAGAACGUAUGCAAGCAGAGCAGAGCAAGUAUUGGUCCAUCAUUGCAUCAGUGAUAUCAGCAGCAUUGGCAUCGCUCAUCACCUCCGUCAACAAUUGGGUCAGGAUUCGAGAAAUUAAGGAUCACGUGUCGGGCAACGGCCAGAAUCUAUUGGAUGGCUUCCAGCAGAUGCACAAGGAUGUACUGGGCACUAUCACAACGUCAUUGACCAGUCCCACUCGUUUGCAACCUGAGCUAGUCAUGUUGGCAGACAAUGCUGAGGCUCAAUUUUCAUCAAAAGCUACACAACAAACUGAAAAUUCAUCUGUGCAAUCCAACAUAGGCAUUUGUGAGAGCUCUGACAGGCUUGUGCCAGCAAAUGUAACUAAGGAUGAUGUAACAAAGUUAACUGCAGAUAUGAGGCAUACUGUAUUACAGCACAUAAAUGAAACCUUUGUCAAAGAGAAGGAGUUACUUAUCGAACAAUUGAAUAAAGAGCUUAAUAUCAUCAUUAGUAGCAUAGUGUCAGAAGGAAGUAAAGCUCAGGGUGAAAUAGCAUCUAUGGUAAAGAAGUCUUUGUUAGAAGCUGGAGCUGCACAGCAUGUUGAGCAUCAAGAAGCAGCUGUAGUUGUAAAGAACUAUAGUUACGGCCGUAUUGCCACGGCAAUGGCUGUUGGGGCGGGUAUUGGCACACUAGCGACAGCGUUUGUGUUUAAAGCACUCGGUGGUUCAGGUCUAUGAUGCUCUAAUACUUAUGCACAUUCUUUACAAGCUGUAUGAACAUUUUUAUUAUAUUUCCUAGUAUUUAUUGAUGCUUAGAUUUUUUGUAUUUAUUUUAGAUGUAAUUGCAGAUGUAAGUGAUCAUAUUGCUUGUACUACAAAUGAUAAACCUUGUUAAGGAUUUAAAAUAAAACUUGUUAGUUUUUACCAACUAGACAGAGCUAUAAAGUUUGUAUUCAACACUUUGACAGAUCAGGAGAUUGCAAUUUUGUCAACAAAUGCCAGUGUGUUUACAUCUCUCUCUGUCCUCAGUGAAUCCACCUCCUGAAUGAUAUACAACAUUAUACAGGAACUCUUGGAUACUCAUUAACACAGCAUUAUAUAUCCCUUCUGCUUUAGUGCUGUAUUUUACUGAUUACUUACUGUCAUCUCAUUAUUAAAUUUACCAAGCACUCAAUUACUCUCAUCUUGUAAUUACAUGUAGGUAAUUACCAUACACAGUAUGCAAAAUUAACGUAAUAAAUACAAAAUCUUCCUGAAAAAUGUGGAUGUUUUAUCUCAUUAAUAAAUUAAUGUGAUUCUUCAAACCAUGAAGUAAUAGAAUGUACUCAUGCUUUAGAGCAGUGGUUCCCAACCUUUUUUGGACUCGUGGCCCUAUUUUCUAAUACUCUUUAUACCUGUGACCCCCUGCCACACUUUAUACCUGUGACCCCCUGGCACACUUUAUACCUGUGACCCCCUGGCACACUUUCAUAAUUUAAAAAAUUAAAGAAUGAAUUUAGGAACAAUAACAUCAUUGUUUUAGACACUUUGGGAAUUUAAGAGCUGUGACCCUAAGAAAACAUUUUGUGACCUUGGGGGUCAUGAGCCACUGGUUAGGUACUAUUGCACUAGAGAAAUGUAGCAGGAGUCCUGGUGAAGAAUGCUGGUUUGGUCGUUCAUCAUUCAGGAACCACUGUUGGGGGCCUGACAGCUGAAUGAACAGCACUUUGGAUUCGUAGUCCUGAAGUUCCAGGUUCGAUCCCCGGUGGUGGCGGAAACAAAUGGGCAGAGUUUCUUCCACCCUGAUGCUCCUGUUCACCUA